AUGGCUACUCUCCCCGAACCCUUCGCCUCCAUUCCCCGCCAGUCCCUCGUUUUCGGGCCCUCGCCCAUUCACCUCCUGCCCAACAUCACCGCCGACCUCAGCAGCCAUGGCAAGGUGCAAAUCUAUGCCAAACGAGAGGACGUCAGCUCCGGCCUUGCCUAUGGUGGCAACAAGACCCGAAAGCUUGAAUACUUGGUUGCCGAAGCUCUCGCGCAGAAAUGUACCUCCCUCAUCAGCAUCGGAGGAAUCCAGAGCAACCACACGCGCCAGGUCGCUGCUGUUGCUGCGCGAACUGGUCUCCGUGCCCACCUUGUCCAAGAAGAAUGGGUGCCCUGGUCGGAUCCAGGAUACGAGACCGUGGGCAAUAUCCAACUCUCGCGGCUGAUGGGUGCAGACGUGCACAUUGAAAAGAAAGCCGGGUUUGGAAUUGAGCAUAAAAGCUCGUUGAAAGAGCUGAUGAAGAAGUGCGAAGAAAGUGGCGAGAAGACAUACUAUAUCCCCGCAGGAGCCUCAGAUCACCCAUUAGGUGGGUUGGGCUUUGCCCGGUGGGCAUUUGAAGUGCGCGAGCAAGAGAGAGAGAUGGGAAUCAGAUUUGACACUAUUAUUGUCUGUGCUGUGACGGGAUCUACCAUGGCAGGCAUGGUGGCUGGAUUCAAACUGCUAGAAAAGAUGUAUCCCCAAGAGCCAAAGCGCAAGGUCAUUGGAAUCGAUGCCUCCGCAAAACCUGCCGAGACCCGCGCCCAGGUACUCCGUAUUGCCAAAUUCACCGCAGAAAAGAUUGGUAUGUCGCAGGAUGAUAUCAGUGAGGCAGAUAUCAUUUUGGAUGAGCGAUACCAUGCAGGAACUUAUGGUGUUCCAGAUAGAUCCACCUGGGAUGCUAUUGAAUAUGGAGCAAAGAAAGAUGCAUUUAUUACAGACCCAGUGUAUGAAGGUAAGAGUCUGGCAGGAAUGGUUGACAUGGCGCGCAAGGGAGAGAUCACCGGAAAUGUACUGUAUGCUCAUCUCGGUGGACAAUUGGCCUUGAACGCAUAUUCGCAGCUUGGACAUGUUCCACAGUGA